AAUGCCCAACUUAACUUACAAACCAAAAAAUUCACAAAAAAAAUAAAUCAAAUCAAAUCAUCUUCACCGAAUAUUAUUUGGUAUUUUCCAAGAUGAAAAUGAAAAUAUUCAUGAACAACAACAACUACUAAACACUUUCUUAUUCUUCUUCAUUUUCAAUUUCUUCUUUUAAUAUUCAUUCUUCCAACACAACACAACCAACUCACUCAACCUAAUACAAUUCCAAAACAGAACAUUCUAGAAUUUCUCCACAACCUAAGACUGUCGAAUUUUUCCUUUUUGCAGCUGAAACAUAGCUGCUAGGGUUUCGAUUUGUUUCACCGAGUGCGGGCUUUUGAAAAUUUUCUCUUAAAUCCCAAAUAUUAAUGCAGGAAAAAGUUCUGGUGUGCCAAAAGGACAGCCUUGACACAUUGAGGAAGCUUAUGUGAAACAAUAUGACUCUUGAAGACUUCUUUACCUUGACUGAGAUGAAAGAUGGGCUCAUAGCCCCUUCUCGGGUGCAGGAAUUGGUCUCUGUAAUGAAGAAGGAGCAAGACAGCGUUGUGAAGAUCACUGGUGAUACAAUGAGACAGUGGGCUGCUGUUGCAAGCACUAUUGCUGCUACAGAGAAUAAAGAUUGCCUUGACCUUUUUAUUCAAUUAGAUGGACUGUGGUUCAUCGAUAAAUGGUUAACUGAUGCUCAAAAAUUUGGUGCUGAUACAAAUGAUGGUUUCGUGGAAGAGUCAAUUACUGCAAUGUUACGAGCAAUUGAAAAGCUAUAUCUAGACAGUGAAAAGCCAAUUACAUCAGGAAUUUGGGCCACUGUAAGUAACCUUCUUGAUCAUCACAGCUCCAAGGUUCAAGAUAGAGCUAGAGGAUUAUUUGACAAGUGGAAAGGGGUUGAAAACGGAGAUGCUGAAACUCAUGAUAUGGAUACUGGUCAAAGAAACCAUAUGAGUGAUAAGAAUCUUAAGGAGGAAGGCCAGUUGUCUUCAGUGGAUGAGGCUAGUAAUGACAAUGAUCAUGUGCUGCAACUUGAAGGGGGUGAGAAGUCGAUAUUGAGAAGCUCGGAUACUCAGAUACCAGAUAAGGUUGCUAAUGUAAAGAAAGAGAGUUCUGACAAUGCACACCAAUCCUCUGUAAGUUUGGAUUGUGAAGAUAACAAAGAGCGGUCAAACCAUCUUGCUACUGUUUUGACUUCUGUUCAAGAAAAUGCUCCCGCAAGUGAAGGUGAGUUGACAUCGUCUGGGAUCUAUAACUUACCUGUACCGAAACUUAGAGAACAACCAGAUGAUUUACAGUUAAAUGACCUAUCCAUGAAGGAGAAGCAAGAAUUGAAUGAUAAUGGCCCUGCAGAAAAAAUAGGAGCACCAAUAAGUCCUAAGCAUGAAACUGUUUCUGUUGGUGUUAGUGAAGCAAAAGUUAAGCCUGUGCCUGCACCAAUAAUGCCUGAAUCUUCUUUGGAACAUAAAGUUAAAAGCAAUGAAGAUGGUGUUAGUGAUAGAGUAAUUGUUUCUUGUAGCAUGAGAACGCGUGCCUCUGAUAGAAUGAAUGUGUUGGAUGGUUCCAGAACCACGAAUUCUAGCAAUCCACAACUAUCCAAAGCUUCGGUGAAGGAAGAAGGCAAGAGCCAAGUUUCUAAUCAAGGUGACGAUACCUCAAAUGGCUCUGAUUCUUUUAAACAAAGAAAAGAUCCCACAAGCCCCAACAUUAUUGACAAGAGUUCUGACAUGGAACUUGAGUAUGGUAUUGUUGAUGCUUUGGAAGUCGCCCGACAAGUUGCUCAGGAAGUUGAUAGAAAAUAUGCCAGAUCUGUAAAGGAAGACAAGGACCCAGUUUCUGAUCAAGAUGAUGAUACCUCAAAUAGUUCUGAUUCCUACAAACAGAGCAAAGGUUCCAGAAGCCCUAACAUUGUUAACAAGAAUUCUAACAUUGUUAACAAGAAUUCUGACAUUGAACUUGAGUAUGGUAUUGUUGAUGCUUUACAAGUCGCUCGACAAGUUGCUCAGGAAGUUGAGAGAGAACUCAAUAACUCUUCUUCAGAGAAAAUCUCAGAAGGUGGAAUCAGGCAAGCUGGCAGCCCCGAUUCUGUUGGGAAAAAUGAUGACCUUGCUUGUGCCCUACCUGAGGAGGUGUCAUUCAGGCAAAGCAACUCUGCUGAGGCAUGUCCUGAGAAGAAGCAUAUGAGUGUUUCAGAUGAUAUUAUGGCUGAGCCAGAAUGUAUCCCUGACUUGGAGUCCUCGCAAUUGACUGAAGCAGCUCAAGAUCCAGGAGGUAAUUCAGAGAAAAGCCUUUGCACCUUUGAUCUUAAUGAAGAAUAUGGUUCUGAUGAUGUGAAUGUUUCUGCAAAUACCAUAUCUACAACACCGAUACCUGUUGUCUCUGCUUCAAAACCUGCACAGACUUCAGGAUUGCCAACAGCCCCUUUACAGUUUGAAGGAACACUUGGAUGGAAAGGGUCGGCUGCCACCAGUGCCUUUCGUCCUGCAUCACCUCGUAAAAUUUCUGAUAAUCAAAAGACUGUUUCUGCUGGUGGGAACUCUGAUAUUUCAAAACAGAGGCAGGAUUUUCUUGAUUUUGAUUUAAAUGUGGCUGGGGGUGAAGAAGAAUUGGUAAAACAAAUUGGUGAAUCUUCAAGCCUGCCUUCUGGGCAAUCAUCAGUGGAACAUAGCCCUAAAAGAUCAAGGAGGUUUGAAUUAGAUUUGAACAGUGCUGGUGAUGAUGGUGAUAAUACCCAACCUUCAUAUCAGAGGAUGGAGGGGCAGCUCUUCUUUGGAAGAAAUGGCUAUUCGAGCCCAUCACCUGCAUCAUCUUCGUCGUCAAUGCAGCCUUCAGUUCGAAACAUUGAUUUGAAUGAUAGACCAUACUUUCAAACUGAUUUGGUGGACCAAGGGCCUAUUAAAUCUUCUUCAAGCAUCGAAGCAUAUGGACUUUCCAAAUCUGACGCGCCUGCAAUAUCUAUUUUGGGUGCCAAGGUGGAAGUUGGUAGAAGAGAGCAUGUUCCUCAAAUUUGGUCUUUGCCAAAUGGCAAGGCUGUUGAGCCUGCAAUGGAUCUUACAAUGAUGCCAGGAUCAGGUGGCGUUUCAGGGAUGGGCCCUGCGGUGUCCUACAAUCAUUCAACUUUUUUGGGAUAUAAUGGACUGGCGUCAAUGCCCUCUUUGUCUUUUUCGCCAGCCGCUUAUGGAUCAGGUGGUACAAUUCCAUAUAUGGUGGACUCAAGAGGAGCCCCAGUUGUGCCUCAAGUUGGGGGAUCUUCAUCAACUGUCCUGUCAUCGUACGCUCAGCCCCCGUAUAUUAUGAGCAUGCCCGGUACGCAACUUGGUUUAAAUGGUGUUGGACCUUCCCGUCCCAACUUUGAUCUUAACUCUGGCUACUUGAUUGAUGGCGGGAAUAGAGAUGCAUUGGCUACAAGGCCAUUUUUGUUUCCUGGUCAGAGCAGAGCUAUGGAGGAUAGGACCCUUCAACAAUCCUCAAGUUCAGGGGUCGGUGGGAAAAGAAAAGAACCAGAUGGUAGCUGCUGGGAAACCUAUCCAUUUGGCUACAAACAUCAGCAACCGCCGUGGAAGUAGAUCUGUCUAAUAUAUGUUUUUGUCUCUUCUGAUUUGUUCAUAGAUAUAGCCUACCAAUUGAAGUUUAUAUUAUUACCUAAAAUGGUCCUGGAGAGUAGGUCAAUCCAUUGAAAUCCCUUAUUCAGAGAAGAAUUACAACCAAUAAAAAGGUGGGAGGGUGAUGGAUGUCAUAUGAUUCAUGAUAUAUUUAUUGGCAAAGGGGGGUAAAUUAGGCUUUAUUUCUGUUUUUCUUUUCCUGCAGUUCCAUAGAAAGUCAGUACAGGCACAUAAAGCUUGUCAUAUGUAGUUGUAACUUGUCUUCUUUCAUGUCAAAGAAAUUAUAGGCAUAGUAUCAUGUUUAUCACCCUCAGUGGUACUUGACUACAUGGCCACAGAUUUAGUUGAUUUUAGUGAGUUUUCAUUAUCAAAGCAAUAACAUGUAAAGAGAAAGCUUUUUGUUCAAAACUUUUCAACUUA